AAAACAACAAAUAUUUGCAACGCUUGCAGAGAGGGAAGGGGUUAUUUACGUCAUUUCAACUGAAUCCCCCAACCCCAAAACCCAGAGGAUAGGGUUUUUGUUGCCAUCCGCCGAGAGAGCAGAGCAUUAAGAAUACGCUCUCUUUCGGUUUCUCCUCUCUCAGCAUUCUCUCUGUUUUAUUUCUCAAUGUUUUUCUCUAACUUGCUAGCUCUCUGUUUCGUUCUCUCUCAAUAUCGUUAAUUCUUUUGUUGUUCAAAACCCUUUAGGCUUUAGCCCCCUGUUUCUCUCUGUUCAAGCUUCAAAAAAAAGGAAUGGUUUAUGGUCUGAUGGAUCUUAGCGAAAGAAAAUCAUGGUGUGAAGAAAACGGGAGUGUUGAGAUCAAGAAGUACUGUACUGAUUGCAAAACCACCAAGACACCAUUAUGGAGAGGUGGACCUGCUGGGCCCAAGUCACUGUGCAACGCUUGUGGGAUCAGAUACAGAAAGAAGAGAAGAGCUAUGCUGGGUUUGGAAAAAGAUUCAGUGAAGAAAAAAAGAACCCAUAUCACCAGCCUCACAACCAUCACUACUAGCUCUGCAAAUACCAGCAAUAACACCUCAGAUUCGAAUUGUAACGCUGAUGAAUUGAAGGAAUCUUUAAAGAUGAGACUAAUCGUUGUGGAUGGGAAAAUGAUGUUUCAAAGAUCAUCAAUAGUAAAGAAACAGAGGUGUCAGAGGAGAAGAAAGCUACGAGAGGAAGAGCAGGCUGCUUUUUGUCUGAUGGCUUUGUCCUGUGGCUCUAUUUUUGCAUGAAGCAGGAAAAAGAAAGAAGAGAAACGGAUCUCAACAGUAAACUCUAACCCUACAUACCUUUUGUUUGUCCUUUUAGAUUAGCGUGCUUUUCUUUUUCUAGGGGAAAAAAAGAAAGAAAUGAAAUGCCCAUGUCCUUGACCAUUUUGUUUGGGCCUUUUGGCUUUCUUCUUCUUCUCUUCUCUGUUUUAAAAGGAAGAAAAAAGAAAAGAAAUCAAGGGACUGAAAUUCCUUGUUAAUGGUGAUGAUACAAUGUAGAUAGUUUAUUAUCAUCCAUAUCGUGUUCUA